AUGACAAAACAGACAGUGACAUCCUUUGUCACGAAGAAAAUCCUCGGCAUCGACCACACAGAGCGCUACGAAUAUCAACCAAUCCAGCUGGAACAGCGCGCAAGAGACGCCCUGCGCGGUGCCGGCGCCGAAAUAUACCUCGAAGAGGAGCCCACUGUUGUAGAAUGGCUCAAAGACCAAGCACCCACGACAGACGACGUGGUGGACUACCUGAGAAACUUGUUCCCGCCGAUAGGAUGGCUCCCGAGAUAUAAUCUUAGGUGGCUGCUGGGAGACGUCGUGGCCGGGAUAACUAUCGGACUGGUCGUCGUUCCCCAGGCCAUGGCUUAUGCUCUGUUGGCGAAGCAGACGGCGUCGGUGGGCUUGUAUACCUCGUUUACUGGUGCGGUUCUGUACUGGCUGUUUGGAACGUCAAAAGACAUUGUUAUAGGAACUACAGCUGUUGGAUCGCUCCUGGUUGGGCAGGUUGUCACGCGCAUUCAGGCGGCUCAUGGGUAUAGUAACCUCGAGAUUGCGCACACGCUUAGCAUGCUAGCUGGAGCGGUUAUGUUGGCUAUUGGGCUGCUGAGGUUGGGCUGGGUGAUAGAGUUUAUCCCGUACAUUCCCAUUUCGGCGUUCGUCACGGCGGCAAGUUUGACGAUUAUGUCGACGCAGGUUCCGACGGCGUUGGGCUUGCAGGGCGUGGAUACAUCGACGCCGCCGUGCUUUACGAUUGUUACAAUUUUCCGACAACUACACACAAUUCGAAUCGAUGCCGUCAUUGGAAUUUCAACAAUGGUGCUGUUGUUUGCCAUUAAAGGGUUUUGUGGCAUGAUGGAGAAGCGCCGCCCUGCUUCUAAGCGGACAUGGUCGUUUAUCUCGUCUCUACGGCUUACAUUUGUGGUACUGCUUUUUACUCUCAUCAGCUACUUGAUUAAUCGGGAAGUUGAUGAGUCUGAAUUUCGCAUCGUCGGCCCGAUAAUAUCAGGCUUUACUGGAGCGCAUAUCCCGCGGCCGAACCCCGACCUUGUUAAAGUAAUCCUCCCCGAACUGCCCGCCGUGGUCAUUAUUCUGGUGAUAGAGCACGUUGCCAUUGCAAAGUCCAUGGGAAGGGUACAUGGGUACACGAUUACACCGUCACAAGAAAUUGUUGCGCUGGGAGGUGCCAACCUUUUGAGUCCGUUUGUUGGAGGUUAUGUCUGCACCGGAUCUUUCAGCGCGUCUGCUGUGCUUUCCAAGGCUGGUUCACGCACACCACUAGCUGGCUUGUUUAGUGCUGCUGUGUUAGUGGUUGUACUGUACGCGCUGACGGGCGUAUUUUACUACAUCCCAAAUGCCUGCCUAGCUGGUCUCAUUAUUCACGCCGUAUGCAGCCUGGUGAUACAGCCGCAGAAGUUAUAUCGAUAUUGGCAGCUGUCGCCGCCGGAGCUGUGCAUUUGGGUCAUAUGCUUUGUGAUUGGCCUCUGCGAGUCGUUGGAGUAUUGCAUCUACGUCGGUGUGGCUUUAUCCAUCACACUAGUGUUUGUGCGCCUGGCUCGGACAAAGGGACAAUUCUUGGGAAAAGUGCGAGCAAGAAGGGUGAAAGAGACUCGAGGAAAUGCUGGAUCCGAUACAAGCUCGCACAACUCAUCCAUUGCCAUGGACAGAUCAAGAACCAUGUAUGCGCCGUUCCGCCUCAACGACGGAAUGAACCCUGCGAUUCAAUUGCUCUCGCCGCAUCCUGGAAUCUUCAUCUACAGACUGAGUGAAGGCUUAAACUACGCAAACCAGGCAUUCCAUAUGGAGACACUGCAGUCAUAUCUUAUGGCCAACACAAAACGAACCUCGGAUGAAGGACUUGAGCAUGAAUCAGACCGUAUAUGGAAUGCUGCUGCGUCAAGUUCCGAAGACAGCGAUCUCCCUCACCUGCGGGCCAUAGUGCUGGACUUUGGCUCCGUCAACAACCUCGACAUAACGGCACUUCAGGGUCUGAUUGAUCUUCGUAAGCAAUUGGAUCAGUACACAUACCCUGACGCUGUGGAAUGGCAUUUUGCAAGUGUAGACAACCGCUGGACACGCCGAGCUCUCGCUGCAUCUGGCUUUGGAUACCCAUCAGCACAGAGCGAAGAGGCAGUCGCAGCUUGGAGGCCAAUCUACAGCAUCGCUGACACGCUUCUAAGUGACGAGUCUACUCCUCUUACAAAAGGGCGAAAAGGGUUUGCCUAUGGUAAGUCGGAAAGUUUGGAUUCAUCGCAGGCCACUCUGGAAACGCGACAAGCCGCCAUGAAUGGGGUUGACCGACCGUUCUUUCACAUUGACUUGUACGAAGCAGUGCAGUCUGCCGUCCACGACGCACGUGGGCGAGACCAAAUAGAUUCAUAG